CCCGUCGUCAUCAAAUAUUUAUGUUCCUUGCAGCCGAUUUCAAACCUCAAAUUUUGUCACACAGCCACCAAUGCUGUAAUCAUUAAUAUUAAAAAUGAGUUCAAGACGACCUCUGAGCAGCCUUGGCCUUGCUGUCCCUGUGGUAACGAAGCUUUUAGACUCGGAUUUCGUUUAUGACGAUGAUGUGCAAAACCUGAAGCCGACAGAGCUGAGUUCAGCUACUGGGCUGACCUUAAAGGAGAGUGCUGAGGUACUGCGUCUGGCAGCAAUCGUGAAUGCAGAGCAGCCGGUCACAGUUAUGCAGAUGAUCGAAGACGAGAGUGAAGUGUGUCAUGUAGUAACUUUUUGUGAAGCUCUUGAUGAUAUGCUUGGGGGAGGCAUACCUCUGCGUGCAAUAACAGAAAUAUCAGGGACGCCAGGUAUUGGGAAAACACAGCUCUGCCUGCAAGCAUGUGUGUCUGUACAACUUCCAGAGAGUGUGGGUGGAGUUGGAGGAGAGGCCCUUUUUGUAGACACUGAAGGGAGUUUUACUGUUGGGAGACUAAAAGAUAUGGCAGGUCAUGCAGUAGAACAUGUUCGGAACAUUGCAGGAGAUGAAAUAGAUGUGUCUUCAUUUACAAUUGAAUCAAUUCUCAAGGGAGUUCAUUACUUCAGAUGCCACAGUUACAUUGAAGUUCUUGCUGUGAUACGUCACCUGCCGAUCUUCCUUCAGUCACACCCAAGACUGAAGCUUUUCAUCAUUGACUCCAUUGCCUUCCAUUUCCGUCAUGAUUUCCCAGACAUGAUGGCCCGAACAGGUCUUUUGUGCAGGAUUACACAGCAGCUGAUACAGCAGGCUACCAAAUUUAAUAUGGCUGUAAUUGUCACAAACCAAAUGACCACAAGAAUAGAGAGUGGUGGAUCCCAGUUGGUAGCUGCCCUUGGAGAGACUUGGGGUCACUGUCCAACCAUGAGACUAACUCUACACUGGUCUGGUAGAGUGCGAGUUGCUUCUCUCACAAAGGCCCCACACAGGAAUAAUGCUUCUGUUCAGUAUCAGAUAACGAAAGCUGGCAUUCGUGAUAUAACUCCCUUUAUGACUGAUGCAAGUACUCCAUUGAUAAUGGAUUCUCCGGACCGAAAAAAGAGAAAAUUGAAUACUUAAAUGUAAUUUUACUUUAAAAGUCUUACCAGAAACACUGCUGUGGUGAAAAAGACCAUAUAUGGUCCUUUUAAGUAUUUUUUAAAGUCAUAUAGUUAUUAGAUAGAAUUUGUAGUAUUUUCUAAUGAGCAACAUAGAUAUGUUUUAGCAAAGGAAUUAUUUUUGUUUAUUAAAAAAAGGAAAUAAAACAAAAUGUCUUUUUUUUUCUCUCUGUAAAGAUGAAUAGUAUGAAAGUAUGGCAAACAGUAUAUCUUUCAUUUCAUACAGACAAUAUGUAAAUAUAUUUAACUCGAUAUCUUCCGGAAAACAAAUGUAAGGCAAUUUAACUUGAUUGGAGAAAGGAAAGUUAAAGUAGAAUGUGAAGGAAAAGUACUGGAAGUAAACAAGAAUUUUUUUUGUUGUUCUUGUAGUUACAUAGUUUUAACCCAAUGAUCACUGGUUUACAUACCAGUGCCGACUGCCGAGUCAAAUACAGACCAAAUUACUAAUUUUAGCUAUUUUGAGGUCUUGCAUCUUUGAACAUACUUUCAUCCCCCCUCCUCCCUCUUAGAUUUUACCAGGCAAGAAAUGAAAAUGUUUUAAAAUUGUAUUGUGAAGUAUAGUUAUAUUUAUUGGACUGGUUACCACUGGUACAGGACUGCCUUUAUUCUAGCCCCUAAUGAGCAAUUUUCAUGCCACAUGUGUCUGCUAUUCUGGAUUAUGUAUUUUGGGGCCCAAGUAUUAUUUCACCAUGCACGAGGUGUUUACUUG